GACUGGGGGCCGGAGCUGGUCGUGGAGGGUUCAGCAGCCAGCAGAUCUCUGGAGUGUUCCGGGGUUAUCCUCUUAUCACCCCCAAAUCAGGGUCGGGUAAAUCAAAGAAAGCAGCAAAGUUGGCAGCUAAAUAUGGGGCAGGUGGUGCACUUGGACAAGGAGGUCUUGGUGGAGGUGGUGGUGGAGGUGGUGCUGGGGGACUUCCUGGAGGAGGAGCUGGUAACAUACCUGGGUUUGGAGGUGGGGCUGGAACAGGAGCUGGUGGUGUACCUGGACUUGGAGGUGGAGUUGCUGCUGGUGGGACCGGUGGUGGGACCAGACCUGGAGCCGGGGUUGGACCUGGUGGAACCGGAACAGGAUAUGGACCCGGGGGUGGAGCCGGGACUGGUUCUGCUGGCACUGGAACUGGCCUUGGACCAGGAAGUGGAGGGGCAGGCUAUGGACCUGGUCGAGGGGCUGGAGUUGGACCAGGUGGAGCCGGAUCAGUUCCUGGUGGGGCUGGGUAUGGACCAGGUGGGGCCGGAUCAGUUCCUGGUGGGGCUGGGUAUGGACCAGGUGGGGCCGGGUAUGGACCAGGUGGAGCCGGGUUUGGACCAGGUGGAGCCGGGUUUGGACCAGGUGGAGCCGGGUUUGGACCAGGUGGAGCCGGGUUUGGACCAGGUGGAGUGGGAUCUCAAAGUGGAGGAGCAGGGACAGCAGCUGGAGGGUAUGAUGCCAAUGCCAAAGCCCGUAAAUAUGGUAUGUUAAGUGGAGCGCUUGGAGGCGGUCUUGGAGCAGGAACAGGUGGAACCAGAACAGGAUAUGGACCCGGGGGUGGAACAGGAACUGGUUCUGCUGGCACUGGAACUGGCCUUGGACCAGGAAGUGGAGGGGCAGGCUA